GUUCGUUACAAUUGUUUUGAUCUUUUUGUAGUUUUAUGGUCAAAGAUAAAAGGAAUCUCGACUUCGUUUUCUCGUUAUUUCUCAUUUUAGUCAACCGCUUGUUAUUGUUAAAUGUAGUAGUCUGUGGAUAAUGUCGACUAGCGAUUGGGGAUCCAGUUUUAGUGAAGGUCGGUCUUCACCUGUAAGAAGAGCAACACCAACGUUCAUGCCCAAYGUUGGAAAUAUUUCUCCUAUCCAUAAUGACAAUCAUUCUCCGGUAGACAGUGGACAGACAUCACCUGGGUUAGGUGAUACACCACAUAAUAGCACGAUGAAGGAUGAUGCUAUACACGAGAAGCAAACAGAAAUGAUCACUGGAUACCAGAGAGAAAUUCAUAAUCUAAAUAAACAAGUUCAAGAACUUCAAAUGAAUAAAACCUUGAAAGACGAAAAUGAYGUCAAUGAUCUCAGGAGAAAAAUUGCAAGGAUUGAGGAACAGCAAGCAGAGAAAACAAGGGCUUUCAAUGAACAAACUUCAAAGCUGCAAAGCCAAGUUGCAAAAUUACGAUCAGCAUUAGAAAGAGGUGAAGCAACUAAGCAAAAACUUGAAUAUGACCUUGCUUUGGCAAACAAAGCUUCAAGUCAAGAUAAGAGAGAGGCUGCCGAGAGGGAGAUGAAGCUACAGAAAGUGUGCUCUGAACAGAAGGAAAGAAUAAAUAAAUUGAACCAAACCAUUAAGAAUUUAGAAACAGACUURGAAAAUUGUAAGCAAACUGGUAAAAGUGACGAUAAAAAGUACAGGCAGAUACUCCUUGAAAAGGACAAUGUCAUAAAUCAAUUACAAGAUGAGAUCAGAGAACAACAGGAUGAACGGAAAACUAUGAGUAAAGCAUUGCAAGAACAAGCCAACAACUAG